GGAGCCUCCUCAGAGGUUCCGAGUUGGCUCGGGACCAGUCGCACUGCCAGCCAUCCAGAGAGACGCCCAACUUUACGUAAUCUUCACAAUGCGGAACCACUGGUCACUUCGGCCGGUUCUGUCGCACAACACACUGUCUAUUCAAAACACCUGAGAAUUGCGAUCGCCAUUGCGGCCAUGAAUCGGAUCAACAGGAGUACCUUCAUCAAUCCUGCAGCAGUUGCCGGUGGAGACGAGAAACAGGGUGGGCCGGCAAAGUGUCCGAUUCAGACAGUUCACCCAAACCUUACACCACCACAUGUGAAUCUUGGCCUCUACACAGGACUAGUGGAUGCGAAACGAUCGGCUGAACCAGUACCGGAACCGCGUCUUACAAUUAACCUUCCACCCUCCAGUCAAGUCUUCUCCACCUUCCAUGCACCGCUGCAUAGUCUGCCGCCCAAUAUCCUGGCCGAGUCUUUGAUGGUCGUGCUGGGCUAUGAAAACCCCAACUUUACGGUCACUCGAGUCCAGGCCAGACGUAUUGCUGCCUGCUAUGUGCAUACCCUGGGCCGACUCCCAUUCUACCAUCGAAAACUCGGCGCCCAGCCGGUAACUGUUCGCGGCGUCUGCCUCUCAGUGAACUGUGAUCACUCCAAGAAGAACGGUGGUCAUUACUGUGGCAUCCGACCCAGUGAAGAGACUGACUAUCCGGCGCCAACGGUGAAGUGGUCCGCUGAGUUGCCCAUCAGCGCGCAAAUCAUGUCGUUAACUCCAUCCUCCUCUACUUCCUCCCCUAAAUCGAGUUCUUUCCAGGGCGAGGAGGAAAAGGAUGUGAACGCAGAGAAGCCAAAAGAGGCGGAAGGCCAGCUUGAACUGAUGUUGCGCUUUCUGCAGAAGGCCGCUCUAAAUCUGUCGCCCUUUGCGGUGGCUACUGUUUGUUGCGGAGAGAAUGUGGAGGUGAAUAAGGAAGUCGAUUCCUUGGGGGACUUUGCCAUUCCUCCUUUCGGACCGUCGGCCACUGUGGAGGAGAAGCGGAAGCACUUGGUUCAAGUUCUGGACACAUUCAUCCGUAUCUACAUAUACGAAACAGCCCUUGCCUGCUCAAAAUUAGCCCCCGAUGUGAGUGCUGGCGUGGAUAAGGAUAGUUUUCAGAAGUUCCUUCAGGAAGCUUCUGAGUCCGAGCUUGAGGCCGCCUUGUCAGAAUACACGAAAGUCAACAAGUCUGUCAGCCUUUUUAUUGGCGUUUCUCAGUGCAAUUCGGUCUGUCGUGCGCGUAAUCGAACAGCGCCUUCUUCUGCGAAUUUCAGCCGCAAACUCACAACACCGCGUUAUGGUACAGGAGGAGGAGGAGGCGGGGGCGGCAUAAGAAAAAACCUGUCCAACCAGAGCAAUCAUAAUUGGCCAAAGACCUCGGCAAAGACUAAACGGGCCAACGGUAAGUUCAGGAGUCCCCUGGUGAGUUGCCGGGACGAUACCCCAGUCUCGGAUCGGUUGGUUGCAAUGCCAAUGAGUCAAAACAGGAAGAUGCCCAAGAACGCCUGCUUUGCAGUCUGUCCGUGUCCCGUAGUCAACACAAACAACAAAAACAUGCCUCGGCACCCCAACGAAAACAUGGCUUUCGUGCUUGUGCGGCGUGACACCCAGCCAGGACCUUGUCCUUCCAUGGGACUGGGUAUGCGGACUGAUUUGGUUCGGCGCCCCUCGGAGCGAACAGAUAGGCGCACCGAGGGACAGAGGUCUGAGCCGGUUGUGCUUACCGCAAGGUCUCGAGACAACGUCAGGACAGAAAAAAGGCGUGCCCGGCUCAGUUCACGUUCUCUACCUCUAAGGAUAAAAUCGGGACAAAAACUGGCUAAGCUGCCAACGCUAAUGGCAGAGCCGCUCACUUCCACUGAAAGUCUUACGAAGGAUGCUGGCGCAUCGCCCCGGCAGCAACGGGAGCAAUCCACCCCAUCCUCCAGAAUCCUCAGCUGUCCCCUUAUCACCACCUCUUCCACCACGGACCCCUUGAGUGAAGUCCAUUCUAGUCCGUCCGGCAGGACUUGGGAGGGUUCGCAAGUCCAGUCCUACAGAUCACUGGGUCUGACCUCAUUUGAUUCCCGGAAGGAGCAAUUUGGACGAGAUCUGCUGACCUCUGGUAGUGCUGAAAGUGUCAUCACAGGACGCAGUCUGUUAGCAGACGUGUUUCCCUACCUGCCCAACAGACCAUCCUAUAAUCUGAUCGACUUGUCCUAG